UAGUUUUCGAUGAGCGUGCAAGUCAUAUGACAUUCAGCUGAGUACGGAUUUUUCACUGGCUGCUGGUUGUUCGUGGUCUCGAAGGAAAAGUAUCGGAAAAUCAGUCCAAUUCGGUCCAAUUUUGCCCGUGAUUGUGAAAUUCGCUGUUCCAUCGCAGCCCCGAAGACCCGCCGGUUACCAUGUCUGAGGUCCAGGAUCUGAUGUCGUCCCUGCCGGACGAUAAAAUCGAUAUGAUCGCUGCCACCAGCGUGCUGCAACAGCAGGCAGGAGACAUCCGCCAGAACAAGCCGAACUGGGCAUCCUACAAGCAGUCCCAGAUGAUUUCCCAGGAAGACUUUGCCGUUGUCAGUAGCCUGGACAAGGACAAGAAGUCCCAGGCUCAAUAUCUGCAGGAGAAUGCGGCGCAAUGUGCCAAGACGUUCCUGAAUCUGCUGUCGCACGUUUCCAAGGAUCAGACGAUUCAGUACAUCCUGGUGAUGAUUGACGAUCUGCUGCAGGAGGACCGGACGCGCGUGCAGUUGUUCCACGACUACGCCAACAAGCGCAAGGAAAGCGUGUGGGCACCGUUCCUGAAUCUGCUGAACCGCCAGGACGGGUUCAUCGUCAACAUGGCGUCGCGAGUCAUUGGCAAGCUUGCAUGCUGGGGUCAGGAAUCGAUGCCCAAGUCCGAUCUGCAUUUCUACCUGCAGUGGUUGAAAGACCAGCUGACCGUUGCUGCUCGUAGACUGUUGAAAGAAAUCGAAGAAGCUGACAGAAAACGUGCCGAGGAAUCAGCAGCUGCUCAUCACCACGGGCAUGGACAUCACGCUCAUCAGGGUGGUGCAAGUGGAAGCAAUGGUGGUGCGGGUGGAGAUGAUCAUCAUCAUCACCACCAUCACAGUUUUCUGUUCCAUUUGCUCCACCAUGAGUAUACCCACCACCACAAGCAUAUGGAGGAAAAGUAUCGCGAUAUAUCGAGUGUCAUAGACGAGCCUCGAGAGCGAGUGGAAGGCGAAGAACCGAACGUCUCGCUUACGAACAAUGAGUACAUUCAGUCGGUAGCCCGUUGCCUGCAGAUGAUGCUGCGUGUCGACGAGUACCGUUUUGCAUUCGUCACUGUCGAUGGCAUUAGCACGCUGAUCAGCAUCCUGUCGUCCCGAGUGAACUUCCAGGUGCAAUAUCAGCUGGUGUUCUGCCUGUGGGUCUUGACCUUCAACCCGUUGCUGGCGGAGAAGAUGAAUAAAUUCAACGUGAUCCCCAUCCUGGCCGACAUCCUGAGCGACAGUGCCAAGGAGAAGGUGACCCGCAUCAUUCUGGCCGUGUUCCGCAACAUGAUCGAAAAGCCGGACGAUUCCCAGGUCGCCAAGGAACACUGCAUUGCCAUGGUCCAGUGCAAGGUCAUGAAGCAGUUGCAGAUUUUGGAGCAGCGCCGUUUCGAUGACGAGGACAUCAGUGCCGAUCUGGAGUUCCUCAUCGAGAAGCUGCAGAACUCGGUUCAUGACUUGAGCUCGUUCGAUGAGUACGCCACGGAGAUCAAGAGCGCCCGUCUGGAAUGGUCGCCGGUGCACAAGUCGGCAAAGUUCUGGCGCGAGAAUGCUCAACGUUUGAAUGAGAAGAACUACGAACUGUUGCGCAUUUUGGUUCAUCUGCUUGAAACUUCGAAAGACGCUCUAGUGUUGUCCGUUGCCAGCUACGACAUUGGAGAAUACGUUCGUCAUUACCCAAGAGGAAAGCACGUCAUUGAACAAUUGGGUGGAAAACAGCUGGUCAUGCAACUGCUUAGCCAUGACGACCCUAAUGUCCGCUACGAAGCUCUGCUUGCAGUCCAGAAGUUGAUGGUGCACAACUGGGAAUACCUCGGCAAGCAGUUGGAAAAGGAGAAUGAAAAGACUCCGCAAUCCGGAGCAGCUAUCAGUGGAAAGGCUUAGAAAGAUCCCGUCGCAGUCCCCUUGUUAUAUAACUUGUUCGUGAGUUUAGUUUUCUUGUUAACAAUUUUAGAUAAAACCUCCAACAUUGGUCUAUAUUUUUUGUUACGGAAGUAUUAUAUUUCCUUUGUUUUCAGUUGUUCAUGUCAUUAUUCGGUUCUAAACCCAUACAAAUUUUCUCAUUCAAAAUCUUGCAUGGAUUACUGAAAAGCUUCGUUUGUACAUAUUUAAUGUGCUGAAAAUUAAAACGAAAUUUAGAUAUUUCCCCUUAAUAUAAUACUAAACAAGAAGUGUUGAAAACAGCUGAGUGGCUGUUCGCCAGAAAUAUGUAUUUUUAAGAAUGAUGUAUUAUUGAUCAAAAUGAUGUUUUAGUGGUAAGCUUUGGUCUGGUGGAAUGCGUACUUUUAGAGUCCGUAAUGGGUAACAACUAAGAAAGACGUUGCCCCAAACGCAUAUUAUGUAGGAUUAUCGCAAACAACAAACUGUAUUCAAUUUAAUAAAGUAUCGUCGUACGAUGCAA